AUGCACCUGCAGGCCUCCUGCACCUACCUCUCCCUGGGCUUCUACUUCGACCAUGAGGAUGUGGCUCUGAAUGCGAGCCACUUCUUCCGUGAGCUGGCUGAGGAGAAGCACAAGGGCACCAAGCUCUUGAAGAUGCAAAACCAGCACACUGGCUGUGCCCUCUUCUGGGACCUGCAGAAGCCAUCCCAACAUGCAUGGAUGCCAUGGAAGCCCCAUGGACCUGGAGAAAAAUUUGAAGCAGGCCCUUCUGGAGCUGCAUGCCCUGGGUUCUGCUGCACAGACCCCCAUUUCUGUGACCUGAAGAACCACUUCUUGAGUGGGGAGGUGAAACUCAUCAAGAAGAUGGUGACCGCUUGA